UCAGAGGUCAAGGUUAGCGGUUACUGAAGUACUCGUGUUAGCAUGGCCGGUGAUGGAUCUAGUACAAGUGACGUUCCUGAGAUCGAGAAACUGUUUGACAUCGACCCGUACCUCCGAAAUGUCGAACAAGAAAUCAGAAGAAGGUAUGGAUGCUUCGAGAAAAUUGUCAAUGAUAUCAACCAAUCAGAGGGAAGUUUGGAGAAAUUUUCUCAAGGCUACCAGACCUUUGGAAUUCAUAGUACACCAGACAAUGGGAUUGACAUGAUGGAGUGGGCACCAGGAGCAGAGGGCAUCUACCUAAGGGGAGACUUCAAUAACUGGGAGCAGACACAGUACCCAUUUACCAAAGGAGAGUUUGGAAAGUGGCAUUUAACAUUGCCACCUAAACCUGAUGGCUCGUGUCCGAUACCACACAACAGUAAAAUCAAGCUGGUGAUCCGCACAAAGUCUGGGGAACUGGUUGAUCGCCUCAGUCCUUGGGCCAACUAUGUCGUAAAGCAGGAAAAGGUUCCUGUAUUUGACCAAGUAUUUUGGGACCCCCCACAACUGUACACUUUUAAGAAUCCUCAUCCCUCAAAACCUGACAGCCUACGAAUCUACGAAUGUCAUGUAGGCAUAUCAUCUUGGGAAGGCAAGGUAUCAACGUACACAGAAUUUUCACGUGAUGUUAUACCACGUAUAAAGAAUUUAGGCUACAAUGCUAUCCAGCUGAUGGCCGUCAUGGAGCAUGCUUACUAUGCCAGUUUUGGAUACCAGAUCACCAGUUUUUUCGCUGCAUCAAGUCGUUUUGGUACCCCGGAUGAGCUGAAGGAGAUGAUUGACGCUGCCCAUGGGGCAGGGCUAGUCGUUUUACUGGAUGUUGUACACAGCCAUGCUUCAAAGAAUGUUGUAGACGGCCUCAACCAGUUUGAUGGCACAACUUCCUGCUAUUUCCAUGACGGACCAAGAGGAACCCACGAUCUAUGGGACUCCCGACUGUUUAAUUACACUGGGUGGGAGGUUCUGAGGUUCUUGCUGUCCAAUCUGCGCUGGUGGAUAGAAGAAUACAAGUUUGAUGGAUAUCGCUUUGAUGGUGUCACCUCCAUGUUAUAUCAUUCUCAUGGAAUGGGUCAUGGAUUCAGUGGUGAUUAUAACGAGUAUUUCGGAAUGAAUGUUGACACAGAAGCAUUAGUGUAUUUGAUGCUAGGUAACCACAUGUUACACUCUCUCUACCCUGACUUCAUGAUCACUGUAGCAGAGGAUGUAUCCGGUAUGCCUGCGCUCUGCAGGCCAGUACGGGAAGGCGGAGGAGGUUUCGAUUACAGACUUGCCAUGGCUGUACCAGAUUUAUGGAUCAAGUAUUUAAAGCACAAGAGUGACGAUGACUGGGAUAUGGCCCAAAUAUGUCACAGUCUUACAAAUCGUCGCUAUGGGGAGAAAUGUAUUGCCUAUGCUGAGAGCCAUGACCAGGCAUUAGUUGGUGAUAAGACGGUGGCUUUCUGGCUGAUGGACAAGGAAAUGUACACCAAUAUGUCAAUCCUUUCCCCACCCAGUCUGGUGAUUGACAGGGGCAUCGCCCUCCACAAGAUGAUUCGUCUUCUGACAUGCGGGCUUGGAGGGGAAGGCUAUCUUAACUUUAUAGGUAACGAGUUUGGACACCCAGAGUGGCUAGAUUUCCCACGGGUUGGUAACAAUGAGAGUUUCCACUACUGCCGGCGACAAUGGAACCUGCUGGACGACAAGAAUCUCAAAUAUCAAUACCUCAACAACUUUGAUCGUGCCAUGAUGCAAUUAGAGGAGACAUAUCAGUGGCUGAGUAACUCACAGAACUUUGUAAGUAGGAAACAUGAGGGAGAUAAAGUGAUUGUGUUUGACAGAGCAGAUCGACUUGUGUUUGUGUUCAACUUCCACCCGACGAAAAGUUAUACUGAUUAUAAGAUUGGUGUCCAAAACCCUGGAAAAUACAAGCUUGUGCUUGACUCGGAUGCAGAGGAGUUCGGAGGACACAAACGUCUGGACCACAGUGUUGAGUUCCUUACUUCAGAGGAACCAUGGGACAAUCGGCAAUGUUCCAUGAUGGUGUAUGCCCCUAACAGGACUGCAAUAGUCUUGGCCAAGAUGGAUUGACACAGGACUUGUUGUGAUUAGUUUUGCUUCUUUCAAUCAGAUGUCAUGGAAACAUAUAUAUCUAUCUACAACAAAUAUUAAAAACUCCAGGGAAUCCUUGAUUUGUGGUGUGUCCCAGUCAGUUGUGAGAACACAGAUGCAGUAAAUAAUAUCUGCUGUUCUAAGAUAUAUCAUCUAUACUCUUUAAUAUUAUAAUCUAAUCAAGUACAACAAAUAUAUAUAAUAUAUUAUAUAAGAUAUUAUUGUCCUUGUUGGUAUAUACUGUAUUUAUUUUCAAAUAAGCCAACUCUCCUAGUGCAAAAUUGUAGUUCAAAACUUCGUGGAUUUUGGCGGUUUAUUUGUGGAUAAAUAUUAUAUAUUAUUAAGUAUAGCUAUAUAUAUAUUGAUAUACUGUUACUGUGAUUAUUCUGUAAAAAGCUGUCUAAAGGUAUUUGACUCAAGAUAGGGAAUGGGCUUAUUGUGGACAAUGAAAUAGCAUUUCUAUUGAAGUGCAAUAAAUGUAGGUGAGCUUAUAAUUGCCAGGUAACAUAGGCUUAUUGUUGGAUACAUUCUUUAGCAUUAUGUGAAUGCCUGUAUCAAAUAUUCAACUAUUAUGUUCAUGUUUAAACUUAUUUAUGAUAUUUAAAAUAUAUGUUAAGAUGAAAUAGUCUUUGUUUUAAUGUAGACUUUGUAAUACAUGUACAUAUGUAUCCAAAAAUGAUCUGUUGUGAAAUACAUUGGUCUAUAAGGUUAGGCAGUUUAUGUUAAAACAUCUAACUUAUAUAGAAUUAAAAAAGAUAUGAAAACAUGUUGGUACUAGUCAAGUGUCUUAGUCUCCAAAUUGGAAUAUAACCUUGGAUUCUUGUACCGACCAGGAUAUUUCCAAGUCCAAUGUUCCUGGAAAAUUCUGUGUAAAGAAUCUGGAUCAGUAUUAUCAUGCCACAAAACAAUAGAGCAUUUUGUUAAGUAGGAUACAUUUUUUUUAAUUAAAAGAUCUAUAACUAUGGCAUUAUCGGGGUAGUUGUAUUUUGUGGUGCUUGUAAGUAACAUGUAUUCAUGAAAUGAUGAAGUUUGGAAGAAAGGAAUUAUAUACUAUAUUGUAUUAUAUGUUUAUAUGAUGUUGUUUAUAAACAAAUACCAGGAAUGCUUUUACUAUUUUAUUUUAAAUCAAAAGAAAAUGGAAAAUAUGCAUAUAUAUAUAUAAACUGCAGGUAUUUCUGGCUAGGCGAUUGGGUGUCGUAUAUUGUGAGUUCGAGGCCCUGUCAGGGCACGAGUCAUAAAGUUGUCUUCCUUUGUCAAUUGUGUUACUAUGUGUUAUAUAUAUAUAUAUACAUAUUUAUACAUGUUUCAUCACAAAUGCAGACAAGAAGUAAAAUCUUCUAUAAGCUUUUCAUAAUUUCAAAUCUCCCUCCAGAAUUACUGUAUAUAUAUGUAUAUAUACAUCCUUGCAGGUUGUAGAACAAGCUUAAAGAUUAUGGCCAUUAGGUGCUGAUUUUCCCUUCACUUAAAUGGAAAUUAUUUACACGAAUUCAAUAUGAAGACUAGCUAGAAUACACGAGUGCUACAUGAAUAUUUAACUAUUAACCCUGAAGCUUGUGUUAACAUUGUAAAAUGUUGAGAUCAAAGUGAAAAUGCAUUGACAUUUCUCACUACUGUUGUUUAUUUUCGCAUACCCCGGUAUAUACUGAAGGUAUGAAUUUUAAAAGCUUCAUAUUUUAUGUUAUGAAUUAAUGAAAUAAAAAUUUUGUUUCUUUUUAAAUAAAUGGAUAAUUUCA